AUGGCUGAACAGUGCCGAGCAACCAUCAGAAGGCGGAGAGAGGAGGAAGGAGGCGGAGAGAGGAAGGAGGCGGAGAGAGGCAGAGGGAGGAAGGAGGCGGAGAGAGGAAGGAGGCGGAGAGAGGGGGUUCACGCUGUUCUGGAUCUGCACGGCUUUGUCAGCGUCGUCUCUGUUGUCAGCUCCUCCGUACUGGAGGAAUCCGACAUCACCAAACCGCCAUCAGUGACCUCCGAGAGCGACGAGGAGGAAGACAUCCAGCACAACGGUGACCCGGUUCUCGCCCUCCAGCCGCACUCUUUGCAGUUUUUGGGGAAUCAUGGGAAGAACAUUUUGCUUUCACAUGGGAACAGAACGGCUACACGCGUGUGCAGCUACAACCAGGGCAUUGUGGUUCUUGCCCAGCCGUUGCCUCGGCUCUUCCUCUUCCAGGUGAGGAUUGACCAGCUAUCCCCGCGAUGGACGUCGUCUCUCUCUAUCGGAGUCAUCGGCGUCUCGGCGGAGAGACUCAACUUCCCGGCCACGGCCGCCGCCAUGAAGAGGAGCGCCUGGAUCUUCCAGCGGGGGGCCGUCCUCUGCAACGGAGCCAAGGUGACCCCAAUAAUGUGUGACCCGUGUCAUGGGGGUGACCCGGUUCUCGCCCUCCAGCCGCACUCUUUGCAGUUUUUGGGGAAUCAUGGGAAGAACAUUUUGCUUUCACAUGGGAACAGAACGGCUACACGCGUGUGCAGCUACAACCAGGGCAUUGUGGUUCUUGCCCAGCCGUUGCCUCGGCUCUUCCUCUUCCAGGUGAGGAUUGACCAGCUAUCCCCGCGAUGGACGUCGUCUCUCUCUAUCGGAGUCAUCGGCGUCUCGGCGGAGAGACUCAACUUCCCGGCCACGGCCGCCGCCAUGAAGAGGAGCGCCUGGAUCUUCCAGCGGGGGGCCGUCCUCUGCAACGGAGCCAAGGUGACCCCAAUAAUGUGUGACCCGUGUCAUGGG